AUGUACUGCCUCAACGCGCUGCGACGCCUAGUCUCGCUGUGCUGCCUCGCCGCAUGCGUUGCAGCGAGCGACGAGACAUGCGAGGCGCCCAUGACGCUCUCGUCAUUUGCGCACGCGCUUAACAAAAAGUUCAUCGCCAAGGUGGGCGAGGGCCGCGCGAGAGAGUUCCGCCCCGAGCUGCUUCCGGCACGGGUUGCGGAUAGUAGCCUCGAGUUGCACCUCGUGGAGCCCUCGAGUGAGCGCUUCUUCACCUACGUGUCGGACAACGGGUGGAACAACCAGCUCCUCAACCUGCUCUGCGGGCUCGACAUGGCGCGCUCACUCAACCGGACGCUCAUCGUGCCGCCGUUUUCGUGGCCUCGGCGGCGCGGGCCCGCCAAGCCCUGCCAUGCGCCGCCGCCGACCCGCCGCCAAGGUGAGCGUCUGCCGGCUGGUCGACGCGGCGAGGCUGGCGGCGGUGCGCGGCGGCGCGGCUCGUGCGGCGAGGACGAGCACGGAGGGGUGCUCGGAUCGCUCGGCGCGCUCGGCGUGGCGGCCGAGCACAUCUCGGGCGAGGGGCAGCCGCACCGCAAGCGAAAGGUGCAUCGUUGGUCGCGCGAGGGAUGGGUGGGGCGGUGGGGAGCCUCCUCCGCCCCGCUGCUCGCCGUGAGCUGCUGCCUCUUUUGGACGUGGCGCCUGCCCGACGAGGUUGCCUUCGAGCUGUACUCCCACUUCGAGUACCACCCAGCGCUUGCCGCCCCGCUCGGCGACGAGUACGCGGCGAUGCAUGUCCGGCGCGGCGACAAGGUGAGCGUCGAUGUCGCCUACCGCGACAGUUUCCCGAGGAUGGGCCCUGACUACUUUUUGCGGCCCGCAGCCCACCAGAUGCGGAACACGUGCCCUUGCACUCUGCGCGCAUUCGGCGGUAAUCCGCCGCGGGCAGUCUCGACUGUGAUCGAGGCUCGCGAGCUCCCGCGAGACGCACGUCGCGCGACGGUCUUCGUGGCGACCGACGAGCUGGACCGCGCCUGGUUCGCGCCGCUGCGCGAGCAGGGCGGCUCUGCCCUCCGCCGACCACGCGGUUUCGGGCUCCGCUUCGCCGACGACCUCGACCGGGCGCCGCUCCUCGAGGCGCUCUCUUCCUUCCCGCAGGCCGCCGUGUGGGCAGACGUGCUCGCCAUCCUCGAGCAGGUCGUCUGCGCGGGCGCACCCUCGGGAUUCGUCGGCUCGCUCCCCUCCUCGCGCUCGUCGGGUCCCACCCAGUUGGCCUAUGAUUGA